AUGACUUCCUAUGGCUCAGCCCUUAAUCGUAGCCAGUCGCUGGCUAGCGGCCUGGAGAAGUCAUCGCCCACGUGGACCAAAGGUCCGCACUCCCGGAGCAGUAGCACACUGUCAUCUCGACACUCGCGUCAGCUAGUUAAAGACUGGGAGGUUGUGGAUGAUGUCCAACUAGACGCCAACAUCGCCGGGGAACAUCCUCAGGAAAUGAACAUUCCAGGUGUCUGCGAAGGUUAUCUUCUCAAGAGGAGAAAAUGGCCGCUCAAAGGCUGGCACAAGCGAUACUUUGUCCUGGAGGGAGGAAUUUUACGUUACUGCAAAAAUCAACAAGAUGUGUCUAUAGGAAGAGUUCAAGGCUCUCUGGACAUAAGCAGUGCUGUCAUGUCUAUCAACAAGAAGUCCAAUAGGAUUGACUUGGACGCUGGGGACAUUCUGUAUCACAUGAAGGCAAAGAGCCAUGAGCUCUUCUACAUUUGGGUAACCAAGCUGCAGGCGCAUCGUUCCUACAAGAGGAGCGAAGCUGCGUUGGCACAUGCUGGCGUCCAAAACAACGGACACUUACUGACGCUAACGCCUGAUUCCGUCUUCCUCGGCGGACAGCCUAAGAGUUUCCCUCAGACCUCCUCCAAGGCCGCCGUCAACAGCAAAGUUACGGCGUGGCUGCAGCAGAGUCCGUCCCCUGACAACUGCGCUCAAGAAUUGAACCGUUGCAAUUUAGACCUUUCUGAACUCAACCGUCUGAUCCAGAGACUCCAGACACUAGAGGUGGGACAGACGUUCACAAACGGGGAACUGCAGCGUAUCAUCAGCACACAGAAUCUUUCGCUGGAGAAACCAAAGAAGCAAAAACCAGGAAAAGUUUGGGGUCACUCUCGCACCCUGUCAAGAGUGGAAGCGCUUGGAAUGCUGUCCAGCCCUCUGAACAGCUCUUCCCACUUCGGAGCCUCCGUCCCAUCAAUCCCGGACUACGUGUACUCACAGCUGGCGCCACCCAAUGGCGCCACGUCAACUGAGGGCAAAAAAUUACAGCAGGACAUCUGUGCUGUUUCUCUGCGAGUUUUGGCUUCGCUUCAAACGGUCCACACUUCGUUGAGCCAAGAGAGGCAGAAGCUCCAGGAAGUCUGGGAAAAUAACAAUGUCCACCAGUCCCACACCGAAGAGGUGACAACAGGGACGCAUUCACCCCACAGGCCUCCUUCAGUAGCCGAAUCAGCGGCCGAGUAUUUCGACGCUAGCGAUGACUUCUUCCUCGGGAGCUCCUCCGAUGUUUCCGAUGAGUCUGGACUGAGCGACGGAAGCACAUCCAACUCGGAACCGGAGGAAGGACAUUUAUCUGCAACCCGAAAGUACCGUGCUAGCAUUUCUCGGACUCCUCACAGUGUCGCCCCAAAGAGCAGCGGACGAAGAACAACACUUCCCGCGUCGUGUCCUGACAACAGUCACGUGGGCCUUAUGGCCAUUCUCUACAAUAACAUUGGCAAAGACCUGGCUCGUGUGUCCAUGCCAGCUGCUCUCAAUGAGCCCGUCAACCUGUUGCAGCGACUUUGUGAGGAACUGGAGUAUAGCGAACUGCUCGACACCGCCGCCAACACUGCGGACCCUUACCAGAGGAUGGUCUACAUUGCCGCCUUCGCCAUCUCAGGCUAUUCAACCGCCACCUUCCGAAACCGUUAUAAGCCCUUCAACCCAGUCCUAGGAGAGACCUACGAGUGUGUUCGCGAGGACCGUGGAUUUCGUUUCAUUAGCGAGCAGGUGUGCCAUCAUCCUCCCAUAUCUGCUUGCCACGCAGAAUCAGAGAACUUCUCGUUCUGGCAAGAUCAAAGGUGGAAAAACAAGUUCUGGGGAAAGUCGCUUGAGAUUGUGCCGACUGGAAUGGUGAACGUCACGCUUCCUAGAUACGGCGAUCACUACGAGUGGAACAAAGUAGUGACGUGCAUCCACAACGUCCUGAGUCAGCAACGCUACCUGGAACAUUACGGGGAAGUCACCAUUCGCAAUCUGAAGAGCAACUCGUGUACAUGUAAAAUUACCUUCGUCAAGUCUCGCUAUUGGGGCUCGGAGGCCAACAAAAACGAGGUCCAGGGCACCGUGCUGGACCAGAGUGGUAGCAUCAUCCACCGCUUUGGAGGUCUGUGGCACGAGGGAAUCUUCUGUGACACCCUGCCGACCCCCAAAUGCAUCUGGAAGCCUAAUCCUCAACCCAAAGACCACCUCAUCUUCUAUGGCUUCUCCACCUUUGCUAUGGAGCUCAACCAGCUGACAGCAGACCUAAAACCUCUGCUGCCCCCUACUGACAGCCGCCUACGCCCUGACCAGAGGAUGCUAGAGGAAGGCCGAGUAGAGGAGACGGACAAAAAGAAAGACGAGAUCGAGGAACUACAGAGGGAGAGGAGGAAGGAACUCUCCAAGAAAGGAGAGGAACACACCCCGGUUUUCUUCAAAAAAGCCAAAGACGGUUGCGGACGCGACGUGUGGUUGACAAACGGGACUUACUGGAAACUCCGAGAGGAUCCCGGCUUUGCCAAGCUCCCGUGUUUAAAGCUGUGGUGA